CUCAGGUGUUGGAGGUUGUAGGUUUUGGAUACGAUAUUUUGACGUGCUGCUUUUAGACCCGCUUGGCUAUCUCAUCCUAUGAGGAUUUUUUUUGUAAGCACGUUACAAGAUUUUCUAGGGUACAGUAUUUCUGUUUAAAAGACCGUUGUGUACUGACCUAAUGAGUUUGACUGUUCACCUUUUUGGUUUGCUCCAUACCUGACCCGGAUCGCAGAUUUUGAAGUCAUCUGUAUACCAUAACUGUAUUCGUUUUUCUCCUGAUAUCUUUGUACUCAGUAAACAUUUUUUUUCUCGGUGUAACCUCUUUAUAUUUUCAUCUACUGACUUCACGCGGGUCUUUGUUAAUUGAAAGAUUGACUAGAAUAUUGUGCCGUUGUACUUGAGCUGGUUAUGAAGGGUAUUUCAGUAUAAAAACCUGUUCUAUUGUCUUCGGAAUCGUUUUGCAUGCGAUUUCUGUCAACCGCUAUCUCGACGCGGUUUAUUACCGACGGUCGUGACAACCCUUGAGUGAUGAAACGGACCUUUCGAUACUUUCUUUGUGGCUGCGAUUGAAUGGAGGAAGGCGCCGGGAGAACAAAGCCGGCACAUAGUCGGUUUUCUUUCUUGCCUCUUGAAAAGAUCGAAGAUCAAAAGGGUGGUUGAUGGUUGAUUCCCCCUUGCCAACAUUUCUCUACACAAUCCUAUAUUUGGUUAUUGUAGGAAUAGGUCCUCGCCUAAUGAAAAACAGAAAACCUUUCAAGCUCAACUGGUGCCUUGUUCCGUACAACUUAGCCAUGAGCUUACUUAACUUAUACAUAGCAAUUGAGUUGCUAAUCGCAUCAACCAGGCUGAAAUAUAGUUACGUCUGCCAACCAAUCAAGCACAUAAACCACCAGGAAGAAAUGAGAAUAGUCAACGCAAUUUGGUGGUACUAUUUUUCCAAACUCCUAGAAUUUUGUGACACUUUCUUCUUUAUACUGAGGAAGAAAGAGAAACAGCUCACAUUCCUUCAUGUCUACCACCACUCGACCAUGUUUUCCCUUUGGUGGAUCGGUAUCAAAUGGGUUCCAAGCGGAUCCACAUUUCUCCCGGCAAUGGUCAACUCGUUCAUCCAUGUCCUCAUGUACGGUUACUACGGUUUAGCCGCUCUUGGACCCAACAUUGCCAAGUACCUCUGGUGGAAGAAAUAUCUCACGAUGUUGCAAUUGGUUCAGUUUACAACAGCAUUGAUUCUUGGAAUCAAUGGAAUCAGGUCUGGCUGUGAUUUCCCUCUAUGGAUGCAGUAUGCACUUGUCAUUUAUAUGAUUUCAUUUAUUGUUCUUUUUGGAAAUUUCUAUGCUCAAGCAUACAUAGAAAAGGGAAAACGUGCUGUGGGCUAUGGUGAUUUCACUGUAAAAGCAGUGCAACCGACAACUUCCUCAAAAAUGGAUUAAUUUUUCAUUUUACCUUCAAACCUAAACCCCCUUUUUUAUUUAUUUCCUCCCAGUCUCCUGA